UUGAUGAUGAGUACUCGUAAAGACCGCUUUUUUGUUGUUUCCCACACGCCAAAAACAACGUUCAACGCUUGGCACUUUGCCGUCCCCGAGCUGCCAUCAGUCUCCAAGAGCUUCUUGUUCCAGCAUCUGUCGCUUGGCCUCUGUGUACAGUUGUUCUGUUGCCUGCAUCUGUCACUAGCUUGGAACUGUCAAAACCACCUAUCGCAAAAUUACUCCUAGACCUGUCCUUCAGGCCCAUCAGAGCCCCAUUUCCAGGCAGAUAAACUGACCGAGAGCAUCUGGCUCUGGCCUGCGGUGAAGGGAGAAUGUUCCGACAACAUCAGCAGGGUUCUCGCCGAGCUGCGUCGCAAAAGGCACGCCCCAUGCUGCAAGCCACCACUUUCAGCGACCUUCCUGAAGAGCUUCUUGAAGCUAUAUUUUCGUUUGUGUAUGACCCAUCCCGGCUGAUAAAAGUAAACAGCACGCUACGGACGGUGGGAAGAAAAUGCUGGGUGCGAUGUAGCUGGUUGGUUAGAAAGUAUGGAAAGCUCAACGCUUUCCAAGGCGCCUUAAGAUGGACAAAAUUACUGGACCCAGACACUUUUGAAUUACUGCUCAAGAUUGUUCCACCAGUUCCAAGAUACAUCAUUCAACGAGGCGUCACUCGGUUCCAGCAUAUCAACAAACUUAGCCUGCUCAUUCCACUGCUUCAAUACGGCGAAAUGCUAUAUGGAGAUUUGUCCCUGGCGAAGAACGAUGGGCAAUAUUUUAAAGAGAUUAUUCCCUGGACUGUCCACGCCCACUCGAAUUCGUUGAUGACGGCAGCCAGGAUGGAGGCGUUGGAAGUUCUCGUUAAGAAAUAUCGCUUUGAUGUGAAUUUCUGCAAAUGGAGCAUGGUAACCGGGUUACCUUUGUUGAAAACAAAUGAAGGAUUUCGUACCUUUUUGACGGCUGUUAGUUCUGGAAAUAAGGCUCUUGUCAAAGUACUCCUUCGCUACAACAUUGCUACACAUAUCGAGCGCUUUCCCAGCGGAAGUCCCGCAACAGAGAGGGCAUACGAUAUGACCAUGUUUCCGCUCUUUGAAGCAACGGCACAAUGGGAAGAAUCAUUUUUCCCAAAUGAAACUCGCAUGUAUAUGACAAAAACGGUGGAGGCCUUGAUUCUAGCAACCAAGCAAAGGCAAGAAGAAGUCAUGGAAUUAUUACUGGAGCACGAUCUGGAGCGGUGGAAUACAGCUCAGGGGUUUGAAGUACUCAAGGCCACACUUCAAUUAGCGGUGGACGAGAACUACGUCGCCGGUGUUGACAUGCUUACUCGAUAUAUGGGCAACUACCAGCAGCCUACCAAGUCACCUGCCGCUCUGCGACGAGCCCUCAUAGCUGCAUGCGUGGAGAAUGACCUUAAAGCUGUUAAAACAUUGCUGAAAGAAGGUGCUCGGUUUGACAUUGCUGCGGAGGAAUCAGGCGGUCAUGCUGGAGUGGAUCCGUUGAAACACCUUAUUGCAACCGAGAAAGAGGCAAUAUUUCAGUACCUUAUCCGAACAAUGGACUUUACAGAAGAAAAGUUGGCCGAACUACUUGUCUAUGCUAUUGAUCAGCAAUCCUUUCAUAUCGCCCGAUAUCUCCUUACUAACCGUCGCCAACGUCCAGUGAUUACGGACAAAACCAUCCGUCGUUGCAUCGUACACUCGGGUACUACUCUUAUCCAACCGAUCCUCAAAGUCCUCUUAGCCCAGUCUCCAGACAAGCUUGUCCCAAACUUUAGCGCAGCAUUACGUUUGGCCGAAAAGCGAUAUCAAGAACAACGCGAUGGCGACACAUUUGUGCGGGAAUUAGUAAGAUACAGAGACAAGGUUAUGGAGAAAGCAGCGGCGAAGAAAGCGAAGGGAAAAGCAAAAGCGAAGGCAAGAGGUCCGAAGAGAGCAGACUACGUCAGUGCACUUUCGAAUAUGGGAAUAGGGGCGUCUUCGUCAGAGGCGAUCGCGAAACCAAAAGGACGAUCCACAGCCACAUCCAGAAGAGCCAGUGGUGCUCCGGAGCCAUAGCUGAGCAGCUUUAUGACCAACUUCUUUUCUUUGCGUUUGGCCUUGCAUGCAAAGGUCGCACACUACUAUCUAUUAUUAGUUCCUGAUGUCGCCGCUUUAUCACUGUAUUUGUUAGACGUCCUUGAUUCAUUUACAUACGUUAUUUGCUAAAAUGUAGAUAUCCCAUGCUUUGUGUCAGUU